AUGUCUCGAAGGUCAAGAAGUCGUUCAAGAUCUCCACCAAAACGAGAUAGAGAAGAUCGUCGGAGACGUGAUGAAAGAGAUCGAGAUAGAGAGAAAAAACGAGAUAGAAAAGACAAAGAUCGAGAGAGAAAAAGAAGACACCGCAGCUCGUCGUCAGAAACUUCUAUAGCAGAAUCACAUCAAUUGGGAAGUAUUUUCAGAGAAGAGAGGAGGCGUCGAGAAAAAAAUGAAUCACCGAAACUUCCUCCUCUUCCACCUCCACCUCCACCAUCGGAUCCACCUGUCGAUGCAGCAAUUCCAUUCGAUGUGAGCACACUGAACGAGCCAACUAAAAAGUGGCUCGAGGAGAAAAUUGUAGAGCAGGUAACCGCACGAGUACAUCAAUUGGAAGCAAUGAUGGCUGAGAAGGCGACGUCGGCAAGAAACGAAAUGGAGAAAAUGUUGAGAGCACAAAUCGAAGCAGAGAUGGCUGUUGAACUUUCAGAAUGCAAAAAACGAGACGAAGAAUCUCGUAAAAAAUGUAAGCAACUUGAAGCAGAGCUUGAACGAAAAGUUCUGGAAGCAGAAGAAAGUCGAAAGAAAUUUGAAGAAGACCGCCUGUUGAUGCUUGAACAAAAAGGACAAUUGGAACGUGAUCGUGCAGAUCUUGCACGCCAAAAGAGUGAAUUACAGAAAAAUGAGCAACAGGCGAUAUUGAACAAAUCCGGAAAUGCACGUGCCCCUAUUAAAUUCAAAUUCGGAAAGUAA